GUUUAAUAAAUUCCAUCUCACUUUAUAAGUGCAUUUCUAGUUUAUAUUUUCUCACUUGAACACAUCUUUGGAUAUGAUUCACACGAUUUUAAAUGUCGUUUUUCCUCUUGUUUCGGUCAUCUUGUUCAUCGUCUUAGUUCCUACAUUUUGGUUGUUCAAUCUCUUAAGGUUCUGCUUCAAAUCUUUGUAUCCCGAACUACUUGCAGGAAAAGUUAUACUCAUUACAGGUUCUUCAACUGGUAUCGGCGAGCACUUGGCGUAUGAGUUUGCGAAAGAAGGAGCAUGUCUAGCGUUAGUCGCAAGACGAGAGAAACAGCUUCAUCGCGUAGCGCAACAUGCGAGGACAAUUGGAUCACCAAAUGUGAUUGUGUUACCUGGGGAUGUUUCCAAGCUUGAGGAUUGUAAAAGAUUUGUUGAUCAAACCAUCAAACAUUUCGGUAGAUUAGAUUACCUCGUAAACAAUGCUGCAAUCACAACAUUUGGUUUAUUUGAAGACCAAACUUGUGUCCUCGAUCACACUUCGGUCAUGAAUGUAAACUUUUGGGGAUCUGUCUACACCACGCAUUUUGCACUUCAACAUUUAAGGAGGAGCAAAGGAAAAAUAAUCACAAUAUGUUCUUGUGGGGGUUGGUUCGCCACCCCAAGAGUAAGCAUCUAUAAUGCAAGUAAAGGGGCACUGCUAAGUUUCUUUGAAACUUUGAGAAUCGAGGUUGGUUCAGAUAUUGAUAUCACGGUAGUAACUCCAGGAUUGGUCGAUACGAGAUUAGCCAACAAGGAACGGCUAGAGGAGGAAAACGCAUUGUGGGUACCAAGGAUAUCGGCUAAGAUGUGUGCCAAGGCAAUUGUUAGCAACACUAAACAUGGAGAUAAAUAUUUGACUGUGCCUUCAUGGAUGAAGACAAUGUUACUAUGGAAGACAUUAUGUCCUGAAAUCGUCAACUCAAUUAUGAAUUUCGUGUUCAUAUACUGGCCAAAGAUUUCAUCAAAAAGAAGUAAAAUCUCCCAACUCGGAUUUUAUCCAACAUACUGAUAUAGAGUACAAGCUAAUGAUUGCAAUAUUAAUGGAGGUGGCUUUUAAAACUACUAAACCCAUGAUGCAUAAAUAUGGUUAUAUAGUAUAUUUUGAAAGCUUGAUUAAGUAAUGAUGUUUAAAUAAUACAACUUAUGGGUGUUUAAAUCUAGAUCUAUUGUAUUUGUGCUACUUAUGGUAUUUUAUAGUUAAGAAAGUUGAUUAAAAAACAA